AAAAUCAUCAUCUGGCUUUCAAGCUGCUGCUGCUGGGCUGUACAGUGUCCUUCGCCUGCACAUUGAAUCACGUCUUGUAUAGUCGCUGUCUGUUUUGUUUGAUAAAUAUGUCUACUACCACCGGUGGCGGAGAGUUCGGCAAUCCUCUGCGAAAGUUCAAGCUCGUCUUUUUGGGCGAGCAGAGCGUUGGGAAGACUUCUCUAAUCACCAGGUUUAUGUAUGACAGCUUUGAUAACACCUACCAGGCAACAAUUGGAAUUGACUUUCUAUCAAAAACCAUGUACCUAGAAGAUCGUACGAUUCGGCUACAGUUGUGGGACACGGCAGGGCAGGAGCGCUUCCGUAGCCUCAUCCCCAGCUACAUUCGUGACUCAGCAGCCGCUGUGGUGGUCUAUGAUAUAGCAAAUCUUAACUCUUUUCAGCAAACUUCAAAAUGGAUAGAUGAUGUCAGAACAGAGAGAGGAAGUGAUGUCAUUAUAAUGCUGGUUGGCAACAAAACAGACUUGGCUGAUAAAAGACAGAUCACCACGGAGGAGGGCGAGCAGAGGGCUAAGGAACUGAAUGUCAUGUUUAUUGAAACCAGUGCAAAAACUGGCUACAAUGUCAAACAGCUGUUUAGACGUGUUGCUGCAGCCUUGCCUGGGAUGGAUAGUGCACCAGAGAAAAGCAAGGAGGACAUGAUUGACAUCAAACUGGAGAAAUCUCCAGAAUUGCCGGUGACCGAGAGCAGCUGCUCAUGCUAGUAACCGCUCCAGACUCACGCCAGCUCAGCCUCCUCCUCACCAACAGCUUGUCUCUCAGUGGCCGUGUGCCAUUAGUCAGAGCCUUUUAUUUCCCCUUGACUCAGUGACUUUUCGGAGUAACCGUGUGGAUGUGCUAUUAUUCUGUAUUAAAACAGAUUAUCAAAAAAAUAUAUAUAUGUUAAAGGAAAAACAGUCAAGAAAUUUAAGCAUAGGUUAUACCCUCAUUGGAUUCAUAUCUAUCCUGACUGCAUGGCAUUGUGUAUGAUUGCAGACUGACACGGCUCAAUUGCUCUUGCACUUUUUUUUGAGCAUCAGUGCCGUCACGCUCAUUGUUGUCAAUUUGUUUCAGGUUCCCUAACUUACUUAUGUUGGACCAAGAUCCUCAUCUCAUAAUGCCUUGCUAUUUCAGUGAACAGAAAAGUGAAGGCAAACUAAAUAGCAUUGUCUAUUGAUGAACUAAUUAUUUUUUUUUAAGUGGUGGAUUUAAGUUUUUUUUUUUUUUUUUAAUAUGACAGCAGUUUUGACAAGGAUAUUG